AUGACAAGUAAAUGGCAUACAUGGGCUCAAGAAGAAGCACAACAUCAAAAACAGGACUCCCAUUCACCCAAGAUCGUUCAUGGUCGUCCUUUCCAUGUCGAGCCAACCCCUUCCAAAUCACAACCCCUUUUACCUACCGCCUCUCAACUCAAACUUCUGGACCAUCCUACGCACUGUUUCUGUAAAAAGCCCGCCCAUCGUGAAUACACCUCCGAAUAUGGGGCUGUCCUCGAAUGUGCUAGUUAUGGUUACGAGGGUCCUCCUUUAGCUUCCUACCAGCACAAAUACACGUGUGGUUUCCAUGUUCACGAAACUUCUUGGCUUCAACACCAACACCAACUCAAGGAAGGUUUGACCAUCCAGUCCGAUUACCCAGAACUUCGUACUUGUCCAUUAUACAAUUUCACUUUUUGUGCCGUCUUUCAUGUCAACAAUCACCACGAUAAGACACCACCCUCGGUUUUACCCGAUUGUUACUGCGGUCAUCGUGUCAAAUUUUGUGCUACACGUCAUCAUAUGUAUUUCGCUUGUCCAGGUCAAUCCAAUGCUACCUUUAAGAAAUGUGUUUGGAAAUUGGAGGCAAAAGAUGUUGCCUUUACAAAACCUAAGCAUCGAUUACAUACCUAUAUUUCACAUGAAGCCUACCUCCAACGUCUUCAUUUACAGGAAGAAGGUCCUCAUCAUCAAACCCCGCAGCAACAGCAACAGCAACAACAACAACAACAACAUCAGAAAUCACCUACGCUGAGUAAGUCACAACAUUUUCAUAAUCUAUUGGAUAGUUUAAACGCAACCGCGACACGUGCAACGGGAACCAUCACAUCACCUUCUUCUGUCCAAGAUGACAUGAUGAGUGUCGACAUCUCACCUCAACAACAGCAACAACAGCAACAAAGAUUGAUGCAUGCGUUGAUUGUACCGACGGCCGUGUUAGCCAAGAAACAACCGAGCGUCUCCAACUCUUCCUCCACAUCGACGACAUCCACCACUACGACAGCAGCAGCAGCAGCGACGGCGAUACCGAUCCAUGAUGGAUCCUCACCGACCAUGUUAAAAGCGUUACAUGAAUUAGAGGAAUACAAGACCUUGAAUGCCAACCUAAAAGCAGCGAUCCAUCGAGUGAAACAAGAAGCGCAAUCGCGUAUUGGACAAGUGGAAACGAGAUUAGCGACAAGUGUGGAACAACGUGAACGAUUACAACAUGAAUACGAGACGCAAAUGAUAAAAAUACGUCAGGUAUUGGAAGGGGAAUUGUUGAUGCGUAUUAGUAGUCAGGAACGAUUAUCGACAAUUGAAUUAGAGGUGGUGAAUUUAUUAAAUGAAAAGGAAAAGGCAAUUCAGGAAUUAGAGGUCUAUAAGGAAUCGAUGCGUGUCAAGUAUGGAAAAGAAGAUGAGUUUAAUAAGUGUAAAGUGUGCUUUCAUCGAUCCAUUGAGUAUGCGCUUAUCCCUUGUUAUCAUUUUGCUUAUUGUCAUUUGUGCGCGUUCAAAUUAAAGGAAUGUGCUUUAUGCAGAAGACCCAUUACAGACAUUCAAAAGAUCUUUACUUGUUAA